AUGAAUCAUUCAAGUAAAAAAAAUAAAAAUCGUAUUCUUAGAAAUAAAGCUAGAAUAUAUUGUGAUGUAAAUCUUCACAAACCAAAGGAAUAUUGGAACUAUGAAGCUUUAAAUGUUAAAUGGGAAACUCAAGAUGAUUAUGAAAUUAUUAGAAAAAUAGGUAGAGGUAAAUAUUCAGAAGUAUUUGAAGGUGCCAACAUUAAAAACAAUGAAAAAUGUGUAAUUAAAGUAUUGAAACCAGUUAAAAAGAAGAAGAUUAAGAGAGAGAUUAAGAUUCUUCAAAAUCUUUGUGGUGGACCAAAUAUCAUUACAUUAUAUGAUGUCGUUAGAGAUCCACAAUCAAAGACACCAAGCUUAAUUUUUGAGUAUAUCAACAAUACCGAUUUCAAACAUCUCUCACCAACACUCACCGAUUUCGAUGUAAGAUAUUACAUUAGAGAAUUAUUACACGCAUUGGAUUUUUGUCAUUCAAACGGUAUCAUGCAUAGAGAUGUUAAACCAUCAAACGUUAUGAUUGAUCAUCAAAAAAGAAAAUUGUAUCUCAUCGAUUGGGGUCUUGCCGAAUUUUAUCAUCCAAAUCAAGAUUACAACGUUAGAGUUGCUUCUCGUCCAUACAAAGGACCAGAAUUAUUGGUUGAUAUGGAAGAUUAUGAUUAUAGUCUUGAUAUGUGGAGUCUUGGUUGUAUGUUUGCUGGUAUGCUCUUCCAAAAAGAUCCAUUCUUCCAUGGUCAUGAUAAUAUUGAUCAAUUAGUAAAGAUUGUAAAGAUUUUAGGUACAGAAGAAUUUUAUGCCUAUUUAGAUAAAUAUGGUAUCGUUGUUGAUCAUACUAUCCUUAGUAUCAUUGGAAAACAUCCAAAGAAACCAUGGUCAAGAUUUAUUACCAAAGAAAACCAACAUCUUGCAGUACCAGAGGCCAUUGACUUUUUGGAAAAAUUAUUACGUUAUGACCCAGCCGAAAGAUUAACUACAAGAGAAGCUAUGGAACACCCAUACUUUAAACCAUUAUCUCAUUAA